CUGGUUAUUUAACACUCAACAGGUCAGAAACUAAUGCAAAUAUCGAAUUCUUGAGCUGUUUGUUUUUCUGUGCUGUUUUCUUAUUUUAAUUUUAUUCUCAGCAUUUCUUUCUCCUUCACUAUGACUCACAUGGAGCUGAGAUCAUAAAUAUAAAUAAACUACAAACUCAGUUUAUACUAUCAAUAUCUAUUGGAUUUGGUUACCAAACUAUAAAACUAAAGAAUUUUUUUUCUACUUCCGUUUCUUUCUACCAAUGAAGAACUAGUGUUACAGAAAAUCAUGGGUUUAUCAAGAAGUGAAGAUAAUCUCCAUAAUCAUGGAUGGAUGAUUAGUUUGCUUUUAGUUCUUGUUAUGAGUACAAGUGCAUUUGGGUUAAAUACAGAUGGAGUUCUAUUGCUUUCUUUCAAAUACUCUGUUCUCAGUGAUCCUUUGAUGGUUUUACAAAGUUGGAAUUAUGGAGAUCAAAAUCCAUGUUCCUGGAAUGGAGUUCGUUGUUCUGAAUUUCGAAAUCCUGAUGCUUCUCCUUCUGAUGUUAAUCGUGUAGUAAGUCUAAUACUUCCGAACAAUCAAUUACUUGGUUCAAUUUCAGCUGAUUUGGGUAUGAUUGAACAUCUUCAACAGCUUGAUCUUUCAAAUAAUUUUCUUAACGGGUCUUUACCAGCUUCUAUCUUCAAUGCUUCUGAACUCAAAUUACUUUCUUUAUCUAACAAUGAGCUUUCUGGUCGAUUGCCAGAGUUUGUUGACGGAUUAAAAAGGCUCGAGACCUUAAACUUAUCUGAUAAUGCUUUAUCUGGUCCUGUUCCUCAAAAUCUCGUUUCACUUGAAAAUCUUACAGUCCUUUCUUUGAGUAAGAAUUACUUAUCUGGUGUUGUUCCUAAUGGGUUUCAGAAACUCGAGGUUUUGGAUUUAUCAUCUAAUUUGAUGAAUAGUUCAUUACCUUUAAAUUUCAGAGGUGAUAAUUUAAAGUACUUGAAUCUUUCGUAUAAUAGAUUAUCAGGUGAAAUACCACUAGACUUUGCAAGUUUAAUCCCUGAUAAUGCAACGGUUGAUAUUUCUUUCAAUAAUCUCACUGGAGAAGUUCCUGAAUCUUUAACUCAACAAGCAAAUUCACUCAAUGGAAACCCGGAUCUAUGUGGAAAAGCAGUUAAAAUACCAUGUAAGAUUCUUUCUACCCCUUCAAUUCCACCAAAUGUUUCAACAAAUAGUACUCCUCCUGCAAUUGCUGCUAUCCCUAAAAACUUUGAUUCAUCUCCUGGUUCGCCGGCUAGAGAAAAAAACGGGUUAAGACCCGGAGCUAUAAUAGGUAUUGUUGUUGGAGAUUUGGCGGGAAUUUGCAUUUUAUUCCUGGUUUUCUUAUAUGUGUACCGGUUGAAGAAGAAGAAGAGAGUUAAUAGUGCUGGAAUUACAGAGAAGAAAGAAGAUCAAAAAGAGAAAAUCUCAGAAGAAAGAUCUUUAUCGAUGAAUUCAUCCCUGAGAAACACAUGUUUUUGUCUAGGAAAUAAAGGUGUUAAUGAUGAUGAGGAAAGUUCAUCCUCAGAGAUUUCUGAUUCUGAUUCCGAUAAUGAACAAGUAUCAAAAAUGGGUUCUGAUCAAAACCGCAAACAACAAGAAGAAAACCAGAAGAAAAAUGGGUCAUUGAUAACAGUCGAUGGAGAAACAGAACUAGAAUUAGAAACGUUACUAAAAGCGUCAGCAUACAUAUUAGGAACAACUGGUACAAGUAUUGUUUAUAAAGCUGUUCUUGAAGACGGAACAACACUUGCUGUUAGAAGAAUUGGUGAAACUGGUGUUGAAAGAUUUCGUGAUUUUGAAAAUCAAGUCCGUGGGAUUGCGAAAUUACGUCAUCCGAAUUUAGUCCGUAUUCGUGCUUUCUAUUGGGGUGCUGAUGAAAAGCUUGUCAUCUAUGAUCAUGUUCUUAAUGGCAAUCUCUCCAACAUUACUUACAAAAGAGGAGGAUCAUCACCAUAUCAUUUACCAUGGGAAGUAAGGCUUAAGAUAGCAAGAGGAGUAGCUCGAGGAUUAGCUUAUCUCCAUGAGAAGAAACAUGUACAUGGUAAUCUCAAACCAACUAACAUUCUCUUGGGUCCUGACAUGGACCCAAAAAUCAGUGAUUUCGGGCUAGGAAAGCUUAUGUGGGGAGAUUGUAGUUCCAAAGCAGGUGGUUCAGCUCGUAUUUUUGGUAGUAAGAGGUUAAUGAUGUUACGAGAGGGUCAAGAUUAUCCAAUCGGUGCUAGCCCGAGUCCAAGUCCUAGUACUAGUUCCAUGGGUGGUGCAUCUCCUUACCAUGCACCUGAAUCACUUAAAAACUUAAAACCAAACCCCAAAUGGGAUGUGUAUUCGUUCGGGAUCAUUUUGCUUGAGUUAUUGAGUGGGAAAAUAUUUUCUGACACUGAGUUAGCUCAAUGGAACACUGGAUUUGUGUUGGAAGAAAGAAACAGGGUUUUGAGAAUGGCUGAUAUGGCUAUCAGAGCUGAUGUGGAAGGCAAAGAGGAUUUAUUGAUGAGUUGUUUUAAAUUAGGAUUUAACUGCGCCUCUCUGGUUCUAACAAAAAGACCAUCCAUGAAAGAAGUACAACAAGUUCUUGACAAGAUCCCAUCACCAUCAGCUGCUAGUUCCUCACAUCAGUAUUAUGAUCACUAAUGAAAUAGAAACGGUGUUUGUAUCUUAGGGAGUGAAUCUUACUGGUGUAUGUAUGUAAUUGACUGUCACUGUUAGUUAUUAAUGGAUGAAUCAGCUGCAUGAUUGUUAUAGUUUUGUCUCAUUCAACAUAUUUUUGGAACAGUCUGCUUGUAUUGUUGUUAAUUAGUUUUU